GGGUCGAGGUAACGGCUCCUCGGCCCGCGCGGCGGUGGCAGCGGCCUCGGGCACGGCCUCGGCACACCAGCCGGGCCAGGAGGCUGACGAGGAGGAGAACAUGAACCGCGUGCUGGAGGACGGAGAGCAGGAACGACCCAGAGCCGCAGAAGCAACAGCAACAGCAGCGGCCCCCGCAGGCCAGCCUGUCCGAGACGGAGAGGAGGAAGAGGAGGGCGAGGAGGAGGAAGAGGAGGGCGAUGAAGAAGAGGGCGAUGAAGACGAGGAGGAGGAGGAGGAGGAAGAAGAGGAAGAGGAGGAGACGUGGCCCUCGGGAGAGAUGCACAGCAAUGAGGAUCGUGGUGAGGGCGCCCCCCAGAGGCAGCGCAGUGAGCUGAACGGAGCGGAGCAGGGAGCGUGCUGGGCAGCGGAGGACCGACGCCGGCAGGACCAGGAGGAAGAGGAGGAGGAAGAGGAGGGGGAGGAGGAGAACAACAACAGCAGCAGCAGCACGGGGGAAGGAGGAGCAGCGCGGCACAGAGCCGAGGAGGAAAGGACAGAACGGGAGACGGAGGGAGGCCCAGGGGCCCAGGAGGAGGAGGGGGGCGAGGAGGAGGAGAUGGACCAGGACAGUGACGAGUUUGAAAACUCGGAUGAGAGUGAGCGAGAGGAGGAAGAGGAGGAAGAGGAAGGGGAAGAGGGCCUCCCCACCCUAAAGAACAGUGUAGCAGACUCUACUGACAACGUGGAUGCCCCGUCAGGAAGACCACAUCAGACUCAAGCCUCACCUCUCAAGAAGAUGAAGAGAAAGUUGGACCAUGGUCCAGAGGUCCGAUCUUUCCCUUCAGGGAAGAAGCCCUGCAAAGGCCCAGAUUACUCGAGCCCCACAGGGCUCGUCCCGUACCCUGCCACUCCCACAACGUUUGGGGACCUGCGGGCGGCCAACGGCCAGGGCCAGCAGCGCCGCCGCAUCACCUCCAUCCAGCCCCCCAGCGGCCUGCAGGAAUGGCUCCGCACCUUUCAGAGUUGGAGUGGUCCAGAGAAGCUGCUGGCAUUGGAUGAGCUGAUAGACAGCUGUGAGCCCACGCAGGUGAAGCACAUGAUGCAGGUGAUCGAGCCCCAGUUCCAGCGGGACUUCAUCUCACUCCUGCCCAAAGAGCUGGCGUUGUAUGUGCUGUCAUUCCUGGAGCCGAAGGACCUGCUGCAGGCGGCUCAGACGUGUCGCUACUGGCGCAUCCUGGCCGAGGACAACCUGCUCUGGAGGGAGAAAUGCAGGGAGGAAGGUAUUGAUGAGCCUCUGCACAUCAAACGGCGGAAAGUAAUCAAACCCGGUUUCACGCAUAGUCCCUGGAAGAGUGCCUACAUCAGGCAGCACAGAAUAGACACCAACUGGAGGAGAGGAGACCUCAAAUCCCCCAAGGUGCUGAAGGGCCACGACGAUCACGUGAUCACCUGCCUCCAGUUCUGCGGAAACCGCAUCGUCAGCGGCUCGGAUGACAACACGCUCAAAGUGUGGUCAGCAGUCACCGGAAAGUGUUUGCGGACACUGGUGGGCCACACGGGUGGCGUGUGGUCGUCCCAGAUGAGGGACAACAUUAUCAUCAGCGGCUCGACGGACCGCACGCUGAAGGUGUGGAACGCCGAGACGGGGGAAUGUAUCCACACGCUGUACGGACACACCUCCACUGUGCGCUGCAUGCACCUUCAUGAGAAAAGGGUGGUGAGUGGUUCCCGGGACGCCACGCUGCGUGUGUGGGACAUCGAGACGGGUCAGUGUUUGCACGUGCUCAUGGGCCACGUGGCGGCCGUGCGCUGCGUCCAGUAUGACGGGCGCAGGGUCGUGAGCGGUGCCUACGACUUCAUGGUCAAGGUGUGGGACCCUGAGACCGAGACCUGCCUGCACACACUGCAGGGCCACACCAACAGAGUCUACUCCUUACAGUUCGACGGCGUGCAUGUGGUCAGCGGCUCGUUGGACACGUCGAUCCGCGUGUGGGACGUGGAGACGGGGAACUGCAUCCACACGCUCACCGGGCACCAGUCCCUCACCAGCGGCAUGGAGCUGAAGGACAACAUCCUGGUGUCCGGCAACGCCGACUCCACCGUCAAGAUCUGGGACAUCAAGACGGGCCAGUGCCUCCAGACACUUCAAGGUCCCCACAAGCACCAGAGCGCCGUCACGUGCCUCCAGUUCAACAAGAACUUCGUGAUCACCAGCUCGGACGACGGCACGGUCAAGCUGUGGGACCUGAAGACGGGCGAGUUCAUCCGCAACCUGGUGACGCUGGAGAGUGGCGGCAGCGGCGGCGUGGUGUGGCGCAUCCGCGCCUCCAACACCAAGCUGGUGUGCGCCGUGGGCAGCCGCAACGGCACCGAGGAGACCAAGCUGCUCGUGCUGGACUUCGACGUGGACAUGAAGUGACUUGCGAGGUUUUUUUCUUUUUUUAAAGACCGGGGAAGAUGAUGUGGAGGAGGUGGUGGAGGAGGAGGGGAGAAAAAGAGGGAGAGAUUGAGAGAGAAUAAGAGCGAGUGAGUGAAAGAGGGGUUGAGGGUGGAUGGCUGAGCCCCUCUUUGUGGAGCUCAAUGUCACGAUCCAUCGCUUGCUCUUUUUUUAUUUAAACAGCAACAAAAAAAUGUAUCUCUCCAACCAUCUCCAGCCAGCCCUCCCCAUCUGCUGGGUGGUGGUGAUGAUGGUGGUGGUGGUGGUGGUGUUAUCUGGCUCUACAGUUUCUCCAUCACCCUCUCUCUCUCCCCCUGGCUGGACGGGGUGGUUGACACGGGGGGCCUUUGCUUGGGGCGGACGACGUGAGCAAGGACGACGUGGAGGAGGGGCUGAGACAGAGGAGAGGACUGGACUCUUGCGCUGCCCCCUCCCCCCACCCUCCGGAUGUGCGUUUGCAGCAGGAGGUCGACUUGCUUACGGCAGCAGCAGCCACACAGACAGACUGGUCUGCACUUGCCAGCAAUGCUGUGUUGAGAUGCACAAAACCCACAUGAUUUUAGCCCCCCCCACUCCCACCCCACCUCCUUCACCUGUUUAGAGCAGGCCAAGAGCGCGCCAUCACCAGGCAGCAGUAAACACACACACCUACACACAUGCACACUCACUCACUCACUCCCAGAGACCUCCGAUUGAGUUACUUUCACAGUGCUGCUUAUGGAGCCCCCCACCACGGCUGAUAGGGUUUGGGUAUGGGAGCACAUGGCACAGAGUAGAGAGGCGUGGACUGGCCUGAAGGAUGCCCCCAGCCCUGGUGGCCUAGGCCCUGGGACAGGUGCUCUCCAGCCCUGGUGGCCUAGGCCCUGGGACAGGUGCUCUCCACUUUCUUUCUGUGCAUUUUGGUUUGUUUCCUUUUUCUUCCUGUCUCCAUCACUUUGUUUCCUGGCUUUGAGUUCCUCACAAACAAACACGGACUACGAAACCUUUUAGUGUGCUCCACAAAUGUCCUGUUCCCCUCUUAUUUUGCCUGCUGUUGCCAUUAGCAACACAUCCCAGUAUUAAGCUGUUCUUUGCUGUUCACGUUACAUUCUCUCUAUUUGUUUGGAUUUUUGUUGGAUUUUUCCCCUCUCUCCUUCCAUUUCUUUCUCUCCCCUUCAUGCACAGAGCUGACAAGAAGUCCAGCCUCCAGCUCAGUGUCUGGUCAUUGGCCUUUAUGUUGGAGAGCCUGGACAUUUAGUCACCUCAGCCCAGGUGUUUAAAGCUGAGGAUGGGGGUAGAGGCGGGAGGUGUGUGUGUGUGUGUGUGUGUGUGUGAGGGGGUGAGUGAGUGUGCAUUUGCGUUGUGGUGGUGGCGAGCAAGCAUCACCUCAGCUCCUGGGAAGCGCGCUUUUUCCCCCCAGUACUGUUUCUCCCAGUGGCCAAACGGAAUUCAUGCUGCUAGACAGAGAAAAGCAAGGUGGAACUUUUAACUCGCUGUGACGUUUUAGUCCCAGACUAAAUUCCAAAAAUUGACUCUAUAUAGUUUGGACAGAGGAAAAAAAAAGAUGUGCAGUGGAAAUUACAACCGACAUUUUUUUGUGUGUGUUUUUGUUUUGUUUUUGCCACUGAAACUUGAGCCAAAUGUGCCUCUACGAGGCUGAGCAGAGAGAGUGAUGAACAGACCAGGACAGGUUUGCCCGAGGAGACAGGAUAGGAUUGACAUGAGCAAAUGAAUGUGUGUGUGUGUGUGUGUGUGUGUGUGUGUGUGUGUGUGUGUGUGUGUGUGUGUGUGUGUGUGCGCGCACUGUGUGAGGUCUUGGAUAAUUGUAAACACAUUCCUUUGGACAAAGCUCUGUUAGCCUGUACUCCUUUGAAAUGUAUGUUUGACAGGAUUACUAAAGCAACAGCCCAGUCAGGGUUUUAAAGUGAAUGAGAACUGUCCAUGUAGCUGUCUAUGAGCUUGAUGUCUGUGUUUCGUUCACUCGAAUGUUUUUUUUUUUCCAACUGAUUUCAGAGGCAUCACCAUUAAACCAACUGACAGGUCCAUGUGGUGACAAGGAAGAGUGUAGUGUUUGAGAUGUUACAGCAACAGACCCCUUCACGCUCUCAGAGCAAGGCAGGGGACACGCAGCAACACAGGCAAAUGAAUUCAAGGUGAACAUAGCCAAACGAUUAGUCUCAUUCUCCAAGUCACACAACUCAAGCUGAACUGUGAAAGUGGUAUAACACUGUAUAUUAUAAAACAAUCUUGCUCUCUCUUAUCUGUUUUUUUUUUUUUUUUUUUUAUUUCAGUUUAAUUUAUGAUCUGGUUUUUAAAAAUCAGAUGUCGGAGGUGUUUUUAUUUUUCAUUCAGUUCAUGUAACUGCCUGACAUAACAGACAGAAAAAAACUUAAAGGGAUUGUGUAUUGUUUGAUUCACUUAGAAUUUUUAUUUUCUUAUAACUUAAGUGCAAUAAAAUGUGUUUUUUCUUUUUCAUUUCAAGCCUGUUGGUUGUGUGUGCUUGUCAGUGUGGAAGUGUCAUUCGUGUAAAAAAUAAAGCUUCAACCAUC